AUGACAAGCAGAGUAAAUGCUAAGAAAUGGCACUUAAAAGAGCAAAAAACAGAGGAUUCUUUAUCGGAAAUAUCACUCCCUCCAUUGCCAAAAAUACAAGAAAAAGACAGGAUUAAGAUAGGAUCUCUUAUAAAACGAAGAUUUUCAGCACGAGUGGGCCCACAAAUUUUAAAUGACAAUCAUAAGGGCCUGAAUUCAUUUGUUUCCGGUUCUCAGUACCCAAGGAAAGGUAUAGGCGACUCUCAACGACCGUUUCUUGAAUUUCAUCUUUCCAAUUUUGCAUCUCAAGACUUUAAUCCCGAAGAAUACAUUAAUGCGAACUUUCCGGAUGCUACAGAGGAUGAAGUUUCUAGGUUUUAUGUUCAGUUAUUACAAUCUUUUGAAAUAAUAACAUCCAAUCUUCAACAAAACAUUUUUGAUAAUUAUUCAAAGUUUAUCUCAAUUUCAAAAGAAAUUUUUGAUGUAAAUACAGAUAUAACCACUAUUCGAAAACAAAUAAACUUAUUGUCUAAUGCAAUUGAGCUUUUAAAGGAUGAUAUAAGUUCACCAUCUCGAACUUUGUCUUCAUCAGAAAAAAACAAAUGGAAGAACAAUAAAAAUUCAGUUGCAGAUCUUAAAAGCAUAUGGGAAGAUAAAAUUAAAGAUCUUUUUAAAAAUGUCGAAGGGAUACAGAAAUUUUUACCUACAUUCUAUGGAAAACAUAUCGUCUAUGAAAGUAGUAAUUGGAAAGAGUUGAAUUGUACAUCAUGGAGACCAAAAUAUAAAGCUCAUUUGUUCUUACUUAAUGACAAUCUGUUGGUUACUCGUGUUUCUCCUAAAUAUCAAGUUUCUCAAAGUUCUCGAAGCAUUGGAAAAAUAAAAUAUAUUGCAGAAAACUGUUUUUCUUUAACCGAAAUUGAAAUGGUUGAUCUAGACUCUAGUUCUCUAACUUCUGAAGAACGUGAUAUGAGUGGCAUUAUAAUUAUUAGGAAAGAAAAACGAAAUUUUGUUUUCAAAACAGACAAAAUUGACGAAAAACAAAAAUUGCUCCAAGAGUUUACAAAGGAAUAUUACUCAUUAACGAAAUCACAAAGAGAAGAAGCAGAGGCAUUGAGAAGAGCGAGGGAGUCUAUAUAUUUUUUAAACGCUAAAGAUCCUUCUAUGACUACUCGAACUUUACUUAAUUCAUUUUAUUUUAAUAGUGUUUCACCAAUUUCACUUAAUCCUAAUGAAGAAAUUCAAAAUUUACAAUGGGUUCAAGAUAAAAUGGACGAAUUAGAUAUAAUGAUUGCUCAUAGAUUGUUUGAAGAUGCUACAAAGAGUAUUGAAAAAGAUAUAAAGGUAACUAUUGAAAAUUUUAAGCAAGAAUCUAUUGCAACAGAAUUAAUCAUUUUAAAACUUGAAGAACGCUCUUCAAAGUUGGUCGAUAUAAUUUGUGAUGAAUUGUACAAAAUGUCAUCAUUUAAAAAUAUUGUAAAAAAAGAUGUUCAUUAUUUGUUAAGACUUGGAUAUGAAAGUCGUGCAAAAAAUUCAUUUUUAACAUCUAGAUCAAAUUUGAUUAAACGAAGAACUAGGCAAUUAUAUUUCAAAGGGGAUGUUGUUGCAUACAUAUCAGAUUUAGCUCUUAUUCACUUCGUUUUAAUACGUAAUACAGCAGAAAUGUAUAUAUCAGCUUUUCAAAAACCAUCUUUAAUUUCUGGUCUUAUAACAUGGAUAAAAUUUCAAAUACAAAGUUUUUUGGAAUUCUUUUCAAGACAACUAUGCUCUAUUGGUUAUGAAUCUGAUAUAUUUUUGCAUAGCAUGAAUGCAAUUAAAGAACAAUGCAAAAUAUUAAAUGAAUUAGGAAUCGAUAUGAAUUUCUUACUCGAGAAUUUUCAAGACAAUAUUAAGAAAAAUACAAAAGACAUAUCUAUUUGA